UGUUUGCCUAAAACCACCUCAGCAGUUAUCCAAGUUGUAGACUUGCACUUUGAAGUUUCACCCUUACAGCUCGAGUGUUUGGAUGGUCUGUUGACCCACUGUGGACCUUUUUUUUUGUCUUCCUCUGUGAUUUUUUUUUAGCCGGUGAUCCUGGAGAAGUGAGUUUUGUAAGUUUUUGUUAUGUAGGAUUCUCGGCCUUGGCAAGGAAGAGCUGGAGUCUUGGGUGAUUACAUGCUCAGAGCCUGGGACCCCGCAGAGGGGAAAGCUGGCCAAUCAUGGGGAUCCAUGGCAUGGAACUGUGUGCAAUCGCAGUGGUUAUUGCACUGUUUGUAGCUGUUCUCAAGCAGUUUGGGAUUCUGGAACCCAUGUCAAUGGAAGAUAGCAGCGAAAGUGACCUGGAGUUAUCAACUGUACGUCAUCAGCCAGAGGGACUGGAGCAGCUUCAAGCUGUCACCAAGUUUACAAAGAAGGAGCUUCAAUCCUUAUACAGAGGCUUCAAAAAUGAAUGUCCAAGUGGGUUGGUCGAUGAAGAAACAUUCAAGUUAAUUUAUUCUCAGUUUUUCCCACAAGGAGAUGCCACGAUGUACGCACACUUUCUCUUCAACGCCUUUGACAUGGACAGAGUUGGGGCCAUUCGGUUUGAGGACUUUGUGGUGGGCCUGUCUAUCCUUCUGCGAGGAACUGUCCAUGAAAAGUUAAAAUGGGCUUUCAAUCUGUAUGAUAUUAAUAAGGAUGGAUAUAUCACUAAGGAGGAGAUGUUGGCGAUAAUGAAAUCCAUCUAUGAUAUGAUGGGACGUUAUACCUACCCUAUGUUAAGGGAUGAUGCCCCUAUAGAGCAUGUGGAGAGGUUUUUCCAGAAGAUGGAUAGGAAUCAUGAUGGGGUGGUUACCAUUGAUGAAUUUUUGGAAACCUGUCAAAAGGAUGAAAAUAUCAUGAAGUCAAUGCAGCUGUUUGAGAAUGUCAUCUAGAAGAGAAUGAGACACUCCACCCAUGCCAGCACUAGAAAGGACCCAUCCAAAUGCAUAUCCCCACACUCAGAUCACCGCCACCAUGCUUUCCUGGUGUCACAAAUGAUGGAUGGUGUUGUAAUAACUCUCCCAGGGAACAGAGGAUCCUACUUACUGCCUGCCUGUUUGCACUGACCCCUUCUUGUCACCAUAAACUCACCUUUAUAAGGACAGUUUUAUACUAUUAUAAUAAAGAACAAAGCACAUAUAUCUCUGCAAGAGCCAGGAUUCUUAAUCAGGGAUUUUUACAGAACACUGCUCUUGCCUGAAGCCUCAACAUGAGAGCAUAUUUGAGGAGGGAGCUGAAUAAAAGAGGUGCCAUUGAGCCCACUGUGGUUGAAACUGUGUAGGUAUGUAUGUAUGUGUAUGUGCCAUGGGCCUGUAUGUACACUGUACAUAGAAGUCCAUGGUAUGCUGUUCCCAUAGACCUGCCAAAAUUCUCCUUAAAGUGGUGUUCUCAUAAUUUAGAAUUGAAAUUGAAAUUACGUCUACUUGCUGUGGACACAGCAAUGCAUACCAUACCAAAUGCACCGGCAAUGGUAUAUAUGAGAUAAGGUGCAGGACACAAUGCUUCCAUUAGACCGAGUCAAGUCUUCCUUGUGUAAUUUGUUGGAUGUUAAUUAUGUUCUACAGGGCCCCAAGCCCUCAAACCAUGACUUUUAUUGUCUCAUUUUAAAGCAUAAUUCUAAGAAUGAUAUAGCCUUUUUAUUUCAAUGACCUGGGAUGUUCAUUCUAAUCAAGAUCUGAAUUUGUAUUCUUUGUUCUAUUCUUUUGCACAUAAACAGGAAAUGUCUUUGUAGAUGACCUUCAAAAGACAAUUUCUUGAGAAAGCCCAGGCUUAAUGUAGAUCAGGUUUCUCUUUGUAAAAAUAAAUGGUUUAUGCUCACUUCAGCAACUUAUAAGAAGAUGCCAGGUCACCAUUAAAAAUAUAAAGGAGAAUGAAGUAAGGGAAUGCCUUAAACAAACAAAUUUUAGCAUUCAUUAUGAGAUUGUGUUUCAAAUCUAUCUAUAAUUUAAAAUGGGACAAUGAAAGAAGUUCAAAGAGCUUGGGGUCCUUUGUUAGCGAUGACACAUAUACUUUAAUCUGAUUUUGAUGGAGAGGAUAAAGUGUGUAUAUUGAUUGCUCACUGUAACUUUUGUCAGAAGACAUACCUUUUGUUAAUACUUCCUGCUCUGCAAAAAUGCAAUUUUUCACUACUCCUGGAAACACCUGUUAGUAUUGGUUAGUUAUUGGCUAUAGGAUAAGGGUGACAUGUUUACCUUACAGUCUUUUUAUCAAAGCACAAAUCUAAAUCAAGGCAUGGGGUGGCCAGUGUGAUGGAUCAGUACAAUGGAGCCUGGUACAGAUAAAUAAUCCCUCUCAUUAGAUUUCUUACUUCUAUAAUAACAUUUCAUUAUGAUGAUGAUUAUUAUUAUUAGGAUUGUUUGUAAAAAUUUGUUUUUUUGUUUUUUUUUACUAUUGUCACAUAAAAGGGCACUACAGACAAUGGUGUUUGCAAACAAAAUAUAAAGAUUUCUAUUCAUCCUUUUAUAAUGAAAUACCAACCAGUAUGUUGAACAUGCAUGCGGCUUCUGCCUUUUUUUCUCAUAAACCCCUGCUGUGCAGUAGUUUAUAGGAACUCCAUAAAAGCUCAUAGAACUGCUCUCACAUAAAAUGCCAAUGGAGAGAAUGUCAGUGGAGAAGGAACAUCCAGGGAAUUUGCUGCAAAAUAAUGACAUUCAGAGGG